AUUUGCGAUGAUGUCUGUGAGCUAACAGAUGUAUGCGGACCUUGACAGUUCCAAGGUUACAAGCAUGCAGAAGCUCCGUAAAAAUAUGUAUAGCAGUUCAGUAUAUUUAUUGGCCAUUUAUCUAAAUAUAGCUAAUAAGAAACAUAACAAAAUACCGUAAGAAUUAGAACAAUAACAUGUGAUUAGGCUUUAAGGGGGUUAAAGGACGCGGGUGUUUCGUUUAAGAAACAUGGGAGCACCGUCUUGCCUGAAGAAGCUGUGUGUGCUGUACCUGUUACACCUGAGAGGUCAGCUCUCCUGCGGCAGGGUGUGGACACCGGUGGGCAUGUUUCAGAGCGGGACCCACAGAAGCCUCUGCACCGGCCUGGACCCCCCGGCCCCGCCCCCGACCCUGGAGUCCCCACCCCCGGACUCCACACCCCCACCCCCGGACUCCACGCCCCCACCCCCGGACACAGCUGCCCCGCCCCCGAGCACAGCUGCCCCCCGUGCCCCGGGUCCACCGCCGGCGCCCUCGCACUGCUGUAUGAGCGGGUGCCAUAACUGCGUGUGGAUCGAGCACGCCCAGCAGCUCCUGGAGUACUACCAGGACGGGGACGACCGGGCCCUGGCCGCGAUUGAGGAGAACGUCCACGACCAGAACCUGAAAGCGUACCUCAAAAUGGAAAUCCGCUUGCUGAAGAAGCCCUGAAGGCCCCUUCUGUGCGUGUGUUUGAUCGGCCUGCCGUGGCUGCAGACUCCACUGUCUACGGGCACAGCGCGUUUGGGGGGGAUACGAUAGCGACCGUCGCGUUAGCAUUCCUGCACGUGCGCUAUUGAGCUGUGGCCGGGGUUUAGCUUUCCUGUGCUGUGUGAACACGCCAGCUUCUGCUGGUCCUGCUCGGGUGGGAAAUGAGUGAGUCGUGAACAGCACACCUGGCGGCUCAUGUUCAUCCGGCCCACAACCCACAUUAUAUAUAUAUUUGAUUAUAAGGUGAUUAUUAUAAGAUUUUAAACAUCUUUCUUAGACUUUUAUUUGAAUUAAGUUGCAUGUUAUUUCAUUUGACAAACCUCAUUGAUCUCACCCUUUACUCCUGGGGAUAAUGGCUGCUCUGUGGUCAUUAAACAGGACCGUGUCCUCAGGCUGUGUGUGGUCAUUAGACAGGACCGAGGCCUCAGCCUGUGUGUGGUCAUUAAAGAGGACCGUGUCUUCGGAGGCCGUUCAGAUAUUGUUAUUUAGUUUUAGUUUUAUUUAUUGUGUUAUUUAGUGGGGCAUGUGCAGUCUGCCUCUGUAGUGGGUAAUGAAUAUAAGGGGGACUGAGAAACAGGUGGAGAGUCUUUGAUGUGUCCGUGCGGAGUUACACUCAACCUCCUCUGCCUAUGCAGUUACUUUAAUCUGCAGUUACUUUAAUCCUGAAUUUAAACGGAACUGACCCUGGUCCAAAAGGAGGGGUGGGGGUGUAGAUAAUUCCGGGGUGUAAAUACAGGAAACGCCUCUCGUAAAACACUCAGAGCCUGCAAAGAGAUGCAUUCUGGGUAAACGGACACAGCACUUUGCUCUUCUAAUGAAGGCAUACCCCUGACACUUCAAAAGAAAACACGCACAUUUCAGUUUUUGAAUGUUUAAAAAAAUAUUUAUAUGCGUGGUGUAUUGAUUUUUUUACAUUUAUUUUUUGUCUGGUUAUGGUGCCUACAGUAAGAUUUGAACUUUAUUUAUACUAAUAAGAAUCAUGUUUGAUGUACAUUGUGUGUUAUAAAUAAAUAUACUAAGUACAUUUUUAAAAAGUU